AUGGAAGCAGCAGAGAUCAUGUCAGGACUGGGCUAUGCAUUGCUUGGGGGGGGCUCCUGCUGCACCCCACCAGCAGCAAUCAGGAGGCAGUGCAAGAAGGGGGAGAGGGGGGCUGCACCCCUAGAAAGGCAGGGAGGAGCUGCAGGACGUGGCCAUGCCUGGGAUUGGCUGGGAGGCUCUGGCUCCCAGACACUGGGGGUACUUUGAGUUGCAGAUUAUUGCAGACUAAGCAGUCUGGCUCUGCAGCAACACAAGGAGAAGGCUCUGGGAAAGGAGCCAGAGUCCAUGAGAAAUUAGCUCAUUAAUUCAGAAUCUACAUCACAGGCUCAGCCCUGCCUUGGACAGAGGGGAGGGCACACAUACUUUCUUACACCCUUCUUUUAGGGGCUGCACCUCUUCCUAGAAGUCCAGUCACUUCUCUCCAGGAGAAGAACCCUUUGCACAAAAUGCCCCCCUCAAAGCCACCCUUCUGCUAACUAUGUAGAACUAAAGGAGAGAGAGAGUGGAGGAGCAGAGAGCAGGGCUACUGCCUGUAAGUAUGAAUCAAGCCCCUUCAUUGCCUGAACACUUUGCCUUUUGUCCUGGUUUUUUCCCCCAAUAUGUCCCUCAGGCUGGACUCUGCUGCAUUGCAUGCUGACAGGAAAAUGGCUUGGCUUGAUACAAAUUGCAGAAUAGUAUGACAUCAUUCCACAGAGCCACCAGCCUACACUGCACACAUAUAUUGCUUUAUUCUGCAAUAUUUCAUAUUUUUUUAUUUAAUCAUUUUAUUCAUUUUGUAUACACCUACAAAUGUAUCUACAUGCAGAUGUACCUGAUCAUAUUUGCAGAAUACUGUUUUUUUUAAAAUAUAUAUUUUUUAUUGUGUAAAUAUGUAUUGAUCAUGUCUGCUAUAUAUCUAUAGAUCUAUGAGGGUUCUUUUAAAAAGAAAAUAUAGUAUGUGUUGCCAUUUAUAUGUAAAUAUGUGUACAAAAUGUGCAUUUACAUAUCCAUUUGCAUAUAUAUUUAUAGAUAUUCAUAGAUAUGUGUUGCUUAAAUUUGCUUAAAUUUAUUUAAUAUUACUGCUUAGAUAUUUUAUUUUUAGAAUAGAUUAUUUAAAUAUAAGUCCUGCUGUUAGGAAUGCUCAAUCAGAAAUUAAUUUUGCUAAAUAUUUACAAUGAAGGGUGAACUUCUCAUUUUAUAUCAAAUUCUGAAUUCACAAUGUAGUCUCUAUUAUGGAUACAGUGAGCCAGUUUUCAUGACUAACAUUGUAAAAUGCUUUGUGAAUCCAGUUAAUGUAUGGCUGCUGUCAGUUGUCCCUGGGUUAAUACAGAUUAUGCCACAUUCACACCUUGUCCAUGUUUGAUGGGUGUCAUUGUUUAAUGUGGGUUCCAUGGUGAAAAGUUGGCUCAAUAGAUUAGGUUGCCUUUCUUGGCACAGAUGGUCCAUCUCUAGAAAGGUUAUGUAACAUACCCUGACAUUUCCAAAAAUAUCCCAGUGUCAAAAAUGGAGUGAGAAUGGGUCUAUGGUCCAGCAGGGCUGCCUGCAGUUCUACAGAUAUCUGUCUGUCUGUGGGGUAUUGGAGUGGGCUAAUCUCACUGGCUGUGGGGGUGGAGUGGGCAUUAUUUUGUACUGUCUUGGUGUCUCAUUGUGUGAAUCACUGGAGGUGCACUUCAGAGUUGUGAGGACAGCUAAUAAUAGACUUAAGCAGUUGCCAGGAGUGUAUUUAUUUAUUUAUAUUAUAUAUAUAUAUAUAUAUAUAUAUAUAUAUAUAUAUAUAUAUAUAUAUAUAUAUAUAUAUAUUACUUUUUUUUAUUUAUUUUUUCAUAAAAUUCUAAGCUUUCCUCCUCUUGGUUUUAAAUUUAUGUAUUAACACUUCAGAUGCCAGUAGAGUGGGCAUUGCUUUGCAUGUAUCCUUACCAAUGCUUUAUUUCAUGGGAAUUACCUACAAAAAUAUAUUGUCACUCUCCUGUUCGUUCUGUGUUUAACCCUUUAAGAGUCAAAAAUGGUCCGAAUGCAUUGAUUUGCAACGUGUUGGGCUCACCUCUGACACUCAAAGGGUUAAAAGAGGUGCCAGUCGGUAGCCUGGGUAAUAAAACUUUGUGCAUAAAAUUCAACUGGCUAACCUCAUAAUGUGGCAUUUUAUUACAUCAGCUGUAGAUGAUUAUAUCUUUUUAAUGUAUUUAUAUUUUUAAGAAAUAUAGUUUGCUUAUAAUUAUCUUCAUUUUUUUUUUUUUUCCAGACUGUUCUACUUGUGCCUAUGGCUACCAUGCAGUCCCACGGCUGCUGGCAGAUUAUUAAAAUGGUAAGAAAUAAAGGUGAUUAUUAGAAUUUAUUCUAACAUCAGACUUGGUUGGUUCUGAAACAGCUCAAAUUUCUCCCAGUGAAUAGCCUCUUCUAUUAAUUCCAGACAGCUUGCAGUCUACAGCUCCUCCUCUUUCAGAUUCCGAAUUGUAAUAUUCCCAGGCAUCCUACAGGGGACAAUAGCUGUCCUCAAAUUUCUAGAACUCUGGAUACAUUGUUUCAUUAAUGCCAAGCAUGUAUGUUCGAUCAUAAAUACAUACCUCCCAAGUGUCCCUUUUUAGGAAGAACAGUCCCUGUUUCUGAUCCAAAAUGGCCAUAUUUUACUCUGGUGUUCCUCUUGGGCAAUUUAAAAUAUUGGUGGGCAUUUUAGGAAUGUAGAAUUAGUUUUGUAAUUUUUUUAGACAACAGGUCAAUGAGAGAUCUUCUACUCCCCAAUACCAGACGUGUGUCUUCAUAAGAAAAUGAUUAUACUUCCACUGGCCGUUCAUCCAUGUUAACAGGCAGCUGUUCUCUUUAUUUUACUGAUAUUAGCACAUUACGAUUAGAGACAGAUACAUUAACCCAUAAUGUUAUAGAUAUACAUUUGGUUGCCUUGGGGACUGAUCAUUGAUUGGAACUCCAAUUAUUUUUAAUCGUUACUGUCAUAUAGAACACACUGUAAUUUCCCCAUUAGUUAUUGAUGUUAAUAAUUCUGUUCUCACUCAUGGCUGGCCAGUGCCCCCCAUCCCUACAUACCUGAGUAGUGGUGUUCAGGUCAGUGAAUGGAUCAACAGCCACUGUGUCUGCCCUCGUGUCCCACUCCAUUAAAAUGUAUUUCAAUAUGUAUCUGUGAUGGAGCUCCCGUUAUCCGGCUGAGUACUUCCGCCAAGUCAGCUUCCUCGCUGUCACCAGAGGACUCUGGAGCACUUCAGACACAGUCGCCGAAGCUUGACUGGGGUCUCUGAGGAACUCUUCCACCGAACAAGGCUGCAGCCCUCUACUUCCAGGCAGAUAUCGGCCCCUUCUGUUCCUCUCCCAGGCAGGUAUCAAAACCACGGCCUACACUGUCUCCCACUACUGCCUUUUAUAAAAGGCACUUGUGACUCUCAGGUCUAGUUCUUUCUUAACUCGUCCCAGGAAUCAGGGACCAGUGGAGCCGCCCAAUAAGUCCGAAAAUUCUGUUACUUGCAUCCACGAACAAUCCAAACAGAACACACAGUUCCCAAUAAUAACAAAUAAAAUCUAUGUAUAGAGGGAUGGGAAGACAAUGACUAACAAAUGUGUCCCCUGCCUGCAGAAACUAUAAUCUGCAAAUCUAUCUAAAUAUGAAAAUUACAGAGUUAUGCUAUUCGACUUAUGCACAUAACGGUUGCAAACAACAUGCUUACAUGCUCUAAUGCUCCAUGUGAUGGUGACUACCGUCACAUAUCUCUCCCCCCAAGGAUAGCCUAACCAGGUACCAUAACUCCAAUCGGUUUGUGCCUAAGUUAUUCUGGUAACCAGCCCCCAAAAGUGUGUCCAACCUUGAAGACUCCUGGAAGAAGCUCCACCGCAUAGCUCUGUUGUGUUAGGGAAGGAAGUAACUGCCUUCUAGCUACCUCCACCUCCUUUCACAGUAUUUCAGUCCGCCACUGGGGUGGGAGGCUAACUACCUCCCUUCCCGGUAGCUUAACCUGCCUUUGUAUUGUUGUAAUCUGCUGCUGGAGAGAGAGGCAGACAACCUCCUCUCCCUGGGUUACAAUUUGCCGCUUGGGAGGUAGGCUGAUUACUUCCUCUCCCUGAAUGCUCUCAUGCCUCUGGGGAGGGAGAUCUACUACCUAUAGACAUGUGUGUGUGUGUGUAUAUAUAGACCAUAACAUUUCCCUGCACUUAAAACCAUCUCUCCCUCAACUUAAACUUCUGGUUUACUUGCAAUUGACCCCCUCUCUCCGCAACUAAUAUCCCCAUGUUUUACUAGCGAUUUAAGGUAGUAACUGUGCCAUGCUUAAAUUCCCAUAAACUUUUUUUCCCCUCUCCUUCUGCCCUACACACAUACAGAGACUCGGUAACACAUAACACACACAGGAGGGCACACACACACAGAGAUUCAGUAACACAUAAAACACACAGAUAAGGGCCUGCAAUCAUAGAAGCACAGUGAGACCCGUACAGACCCUGCACACAGCCACACAGAGGUAUACAUUCACAUAUAAACAGACAACACAACAGUAUAUUCUCAUAGUUGUACAGAUACACAUAUCAUACAGACACAUGCGCAGAUACAACAUUACGAGAACAGUAACCUAUACACACAAACAGACCAGCAAAGCAUUUAGACAGAAAUGUCAUUUAAAGACACACAUUAAAGUGGAUCUGUCAUUUUUGUGACUUGUCUAGUUGGGGUCCGGUAGCUGCUGGUGCAGUGGAAGGUAGGUUUAUUUACCUGAAGCUGUCCCUAGUGGCUACUGCCAUAUUGUGCCUGGACGUCUGCUUCGGUACAUGGCGCUUCAUUUUUCACUGCUGUACUCUUCCUCAAAUGGCAACACUGAGUUCUAUGGAGUCUCAAUAGAUCCCAUCGCGUGAGACCAUACCUGGACCCGACAGCCUACACUUCCCCCUUCCUUUCUUAGCACUUCCACCAUACUUGAGAUAGCGCCUCUUUUCUGCCCAUCUUUUUAUUAUUCCGAAUGUGGCUGGGAUAUGAUGACAUCACAUCGUGUGCGCACUGCUUGAAGGGCCCCCAAACCGCCUGGGUCCCGGCAGGUCCACCCCUACAUCUCAGAGUCUGAUGCCAGUAAAAGAUGUGAUAAAGAAAAUAUCACGGCUGCAGCUAUUGCGCCUGUCUAUAAUUUCAAGAAUAAAAAAAAAAUGUCACAAUCUAAUUGCUUGCACCAGUAAAAUAAUUUACCUAAUAAAUUAAUAUUAAAAUACAUCCUGUAUUCGAAAACCCUUGCAUCAUUCCAGAUGUAACAACAAAAAAUAAACUAUUUCUUUGUAGAUAGGCAUACUUUAAAAUACAACCAUCAGUCACAAUAGAGGCACCAUGUGUACCAUGUUUUCUUUUUAAUUGCAUUUUGUUAAUCUACGUCCGUGAUAGAACAGGUUUAACUUAUCAAGCAAGUUGUACCGCAAAAGAACUUAAAUAUUCAAAUCGCAAUGCUUGCAUUACUUAAUUUCCGACAUAGACAACAUGCUAUCUAGUACAAUAUCAAAUGUAAAUUCAACACUAGUCUACAAUAAAGAAAGACCUAACCAAAACAAAAAAUUAAUAAAACCAGGACAAUACGAAAGGGCCCACAAUGAGACUAGAGGUGACACUGCCCAGAAAGACGCCCAUCCCACUAACCCCCAACUCCUCCCGAGGUGGAUUCACAUUUUUAAAACUAAUUUAGCUGUUUAGCAGAUAAUUCUCAUAUUUGCUAUGUUAAUGUGGGAUUGCCAUGUUUAAGGACAACAAAUAAGGGAGCCAUCUGCUAAAAAGAGAGCUAAUUUAUUAUUCAUAAAUAUGGAAAUCCCACAGGACGGUACCAAUUGGGGUAUUAAGUUAGUGUGCUAUCUACUAAACACACACACACACAAUUACAGACAUUCACAUACAAUCACAAACAUACGUAUGACCACACAAUCACAAACAUAAGUAUGACCACACACACAACAGACAUACAGGCACAACUCCAGAAAUACACACACACACACACACACACACACACACAUAAGCGCAAACAUACGUAUGACCACACACACAGCAGACAUACACACAUAAUCACUGACAUACACACAAAAAAAUCACAAUCAUGGUUGGCGCAGAGAUCACAGCUCCGAUGUGCAUUGUCUAAUGAUGCCGAUUCUGAGAUGAUGUCAUAUCCUGACUGCUGGCUCACCGCAGGGUGCGCAAGGGAGCUGGCAGGAAGAGCACAGUAAGUAAAGGGCUCCCUGCCUCUCUCCCCACCUCUUACUCUCCAGGUAGAGUCCCCUCUAACCCUCCAGACUGGACUCCAAGAGAUUUGGGCACAGUAAGCACCUGCCCUGUAUGCAGGUAGGUGCUUUCUCUGCUCAGUUUAGUCAUCUGCUCCUCCAGCUCUGGCGCUCUGAAGGGGAGGCCAACAGGGGGGCAAUCCCCCCCCCCCCAUCCUCCUCUAGCAAAUGUUAUGGUGCUUAGAAUGUCCCUUUAAGUUUACAAUAAGACGGCAGAUGCCCAGAGAGAGAGAAAAUACAAUAGAGCAAAUUUUGCUGCAGAAGAAACCAACCAUAAUAAUAGCGUCUGCAUUUAUAUAAAAAGAAAGUAACAUAUGCAGCUACUUCCUCGAACCUAAAGCCCAGCUUUUGAAUCAUUGAUUUUCCUUGAAAACUAAGACAGGUAUGCUGCUAACACAUUGGAUGAAAGAAAUAUAGGCCUCACAGGCUUCCUUUGUGUCUCUGUCCUAAUUUCCGGAAAAGAAAGCUGAAGAAGUAAGUCUGCCCAUGUGUUGAUAUAGAGCCACAACGUGUCCAUUACACAGUGUUAGAUAUAUAUUUUAGAACGGUUAAGUUACCACACAUUUGUGUUGAUCUUUUUUUUUAUAAAGGACUUGCUUGUCUCAAAACUUUACUGUCUCUUGAACUUGUCCGACAGUUUAUCUUCAUUAAUGGUCAUAGUGCGACCACACGCUGUUGCACACUCUGAGAAAUUAUGUAAUUAAAAAAGGUAACGAACUAGUGUUUCCAACGGCCAUUCACAUUGGACAUUAUUUUCUGAAUUGUUUCUCUGUUUAGGACUACAGACCAAGUUUAACAAUCUGCUGCAACCGGGAUCCAUACGAAACCAAAUUGAAAGAUGGGAGAUAUCCAGAGGUAUGUUAUUGUUGCAGAGAUGUGUGUGUGUGUGUGUGUAUGUAUAACCACCUCCAAAAUUAUCCAGAUAAACUCUUAUGAAUUCGUAUGAGUUGCUCUUAAAGUUACUCUAAAGUCUCAGAUCCCAAACUAUUUCUGACACAUUAGUGUAUGUAUUUUAACUUUUAUUUAUAGUCAAUUAAUGAUUGCCAAGUUUAAUGGGUGCCAGGAACAUAUUAUAUAAUUGUAAUCUCUGCAAAAGUCCUGAAAAUGACUGCUUUCCCCCUCCUUCCAAACAGUGACGGAAACUUGAAAGAUCAUACGAUUACUACAGUCAGGGAGCGGAGACGAGAGAAUGGUAGCUCUCGUACAGAGAUUACUAUAAAUCUUUUAAAUACCUUUUUUUUUUUUUUUUUUAAUAUAUCUUUUAACUGUAUGUGUGCAUUGUUCUGAAAUGCAGACAUUCUUUUUACAUACAGUCACUAUUUCCAGCAAGUUGUACUUGGGUCCUUUUUAUUUAUCUAUAUUUGUCACAUCCAUUAUAUAAUUUAUUUUUAUUUUUUUUACCUUUAUACUAAUAUAUUAGAUCUUGAGUAAAAUAUUACACAAUAAAGUACACUAUACUAUAUAUAAUAGCAGUCUGUACAAUGUUUUGUUAAUAUUUUUUCAAACACAAAUUGCUUGCUAGUGAAAGGGUUACAGAAGAAGCCAGUCUAGGCCAGGGAUCACAAUUUCUGUCCCUACAGAUUUUGCAGAGCAACUCCCAUGAUUAUCUGGGAUUAUCUGGCUAUCUGUUCCAUUUACAGAAUUCUCGGAGUUGAACGUCCCAGAGUGUGAGACUCCUGGUCCAGAGCCCAUAAGCAUCACAGAGUGUUAUAUGGCUUAUGGUGCCAGGAGUCACAUUCACCAUCCAAUGGCUAGUAGUCAAACCAUUUUCAAAUAUUUUAAACUUACCUUGGGCACCUGUGGUUUGGUCUUCUUCUCAAAUAUGCCUAAAACGGACGUUCCUUUAUGAAUUUCAUCCCAAUUUAGGAGCAUUGUGGGCUCCUACAAUGCACUGGGAGACUUGGAAAACUGGAUCAUAGGACAGUUUGGCUAAACCAAAUUGCGCACCAUUUUACACCUUCUGGUUUAUUCCACGUUGGCCAAAUGACACAGGGACCCUGUGAAGAUUUGGUGGAGCUGUUAGUGUCGCAACAAUUUACUUGUGGUGGGCAUGGCGUGUAGAGCAUUCCUUUAAUUUUUGUAUUAAAUCAAUCAUUAAAAGGGACUGAAACUAGAUUCCAGUUCCAAGGGUCCCCGGUAAGAUUUCGGAGAGAUUAAUGAUCAGACAGUGCAGAUAGAACAAUGACUUAUCCUUUUAGGAUUACAGCUCAUGCUUUGAUUUUAAAAAAAGCUGUUUUUAAAACCAUGUCCAUUGUGUUCCUUGAGAACACAACACUUUUAGGAGGAAGUUUAGAAGACAAUGUCUUUCUUUGGUCAUUUGCAUGUCUAGUGGGGAACCUGGGAUUUCUAAAGGGACUUCCCAAAGUCAAAGUAAAUGCAUUUUUUAUUUAUUUUAUUUAUUGAUAACAUUAGCUGUUGGGUGUAGACUAGAUGUUAAGCUGACGAGGCAGAUCAUUUCUCGCUAGUGACUCAAUAGAUACCAUUUGUGUACAUGUACAUAUGAUGGCCAGAUGCCCAGGUUAGGGGAUGCAUUGGGAAAGUAUUUUUGUGACUCAGUGGAACAGUUCCUGCUGACCUCAACAUACUGAUCAGCUGUGAGAAGAUGAGUCGAUGUGGUUCUUGCGUUUAACUGCUUUAUUAUUCAGACAUCUGUGUCCCUUUAACAGGGCAUCUAAAUUACAUUUCAGCAAGGUUCUAAUAAUUUGUUUAGCUUAACGUUUUUUUUUUUUUUCCUAGAGUCUGGUUAGAAGAUGACUCAUUUUGGCUUCCAAUUAUUUUGGCAGAUAAUCUGGCAAAUAAGUAAUUCAAAAAAUGACUAAACAAAGCAGAAUGUUUCAUUUUCUUUCCAUUAGCUGUCUGAGCUGUUUUGUUAACCAGCCUGUGUUAUUGUAUGUUGUUAGAAGCAAAUAACAGGGAAUUUAAAUUUCUCACUAGUUUAGGUGAUAAUCAUUUGCACAUGUGGGUUUACCUCCCUAAUGUAUAGUGGCUUUAUCAUCAGGAAUUUUCUGUGUCAUCGUAUAGCGCUUUAAAUACAACAAAUGCCUUUUGUUAACAAUUUAUAUUUCUGUUACACUUUUUUACAAUUCCUAGGUAAAUUCCUGUGGGUAUACAGAACUGCCUUGUGAUGUCUAACAGAGAGACACUUGGGGGAAAUUUAUCAAAAUCUGUUCGUAUUUAUUAAAUUGGUCUAAAAAUAGUAUAUCACAAAACUCUGCCAUCUUUGGAAAAAAAAUGAAAGUAAUUUUCAGAAGAAAAAAAAAACCCAUUCAGAGUUACAGGAAAAAAAAAGAAAAGUGAAACAUACACACUUCUAGCAGAUGAUUGGGACGUCGUAGAAAAAAAAAAAGUACAUUUAGAAACGACUGUUGGGGUACAAAAGAAGCAACAAACCCCAAUAGAUGUAAUAUAUUGCUCAGAAAAAAAAAAAAAAAAACUUGCUAAACUGUUUGUGUAAUGCUUCUAACAGUCUUUUUUCUUUUUGUAUUUAAAGAUUUAAGGAAAAAAAAAAAGUUGUAUUUGUUUGUAUAUUGUUUUAAGUCACCAACACUGUGGUUGUUGUCAUUUUAUCCAUCCAGUGUAGGAAUGCAAUUCCGACACAGUUUCAUAUUAUUUCUAUUUCACACCUCACAAACACACAUUUCUUAAAUAUAGGGCAUAAGUAAACAGAAUAUUUUUUUUAAAAAUUACACUAAUCAAGAUUUUAAACACUUUAGUGCAACAUUUUUUGUUUUUCACAAAUCUCAUGACUAUUUUUAUGUUUUACUGAAAAUUCCUAAUGGUUAAGAAAUCCUAUUUCAUUUAAUCAUGUGGCUCCGUGUCAAAUCCCUGAACACGUUCACAGCUGAGAGGAGCUGUCCAAAAAAAUGCUUUGGGAACUUUACUCGGAUUUAUCUGUGUGCCAGCAGACAAAGCGGCCAUUAACUAAACAGUGAUUUGUGAAGAGUUAAUAACUCCCAAGUGUCCCUAUUUAGGAGGGACAGUCCGUAUUUUAGGCUAGGGAGUUUCCAUAGCAACCUCAGCGCAUGCGUUGUGGUUGCUAUGGAAGGAGAGCCCUGGGACUUCCUGUGGGAGGUCUUUUCUACUCUCCCUUGUCAGUCAAUGACUGACAGAUGGGAGAAAAGCCUAUUUUUAAAUGGCCUUUUCUUCUAAUCUAUGUAUAUGCCAGCAAAACAUCUAACACAAUGUUAGAAUUUUAUGUUCAUUCUAAUUUUUUGUUGCAUAAAUUGUUGUAGUCAAAUAAAAUUACGCAGAACAGCCCCUCCCCUGGCCACACAGACAGCAACACCCCUAAACUAACAUGUCCCUCUUUGUCCAUUUGAAAUGUUGGGAGGUAUGACAAGUUGACUACUGUCUUCUAAAAUUCUGGGCAAAUUAGCUGAGUUGGUAAAAAUCUUCCUGGCAGCUUAAUAGGAGAAUGUGUUUCUAAGCCUGGUAUUCAUGCCAAUACAAGUUCCACAAAUUACUGUUCAAUGUGUCGAUGUUAUGCUUCCUGCCACAUCCCAACACAUCAAUAGCGGAGACUGCUCUGUUGAUUUAAAAAGUCCCAAAUAAAAUAAAUAUUGGCCUGCUUCAAAUUUCGACUUUUAAAUACUUUUCAAUGAAACAUGAAGCAUUUAAAAAUAUCUUUUUUUUUUUUUUUUUUCUAGAAGUUUGGUAAAAUCACUCUGCAUAUACCAAACAAAAACAAGACAAAAAAUAAAUUUGCUAGUGAAGUAGCCGAGUGGAUGGGGCUGUAGCUUUAGAGAUGUAGCUUCAAGCACCAUAGCCACUGGAGCAAGCUGUAGUGCCCCUCUGAUGUAAGCGGUCAAACCGUUUUACCUGGGGUCCAAAAGAUACUGCUCCACAGCUGACAGAGAGCUGGUUCAGGGAUUAGUUCAGCCAAUGUGCUUUCAAUACAAUGCUUGGCCUAGCUCAAGAGUGCCUUUAGUGAUUAUGGUGCUUGGAGCUUUCAUUUUAUUCCUAGCACUUAGUUGGAUAGUAGAUAACUAGGAAAACAAUAUGCCAUUGCAUGUACCUUUAUGCUAGGUAAAUGGAUAGGACUGUGAUGUUAUUUGUAUUUACAUGUGGGGUAUAUCAAUCUCCUUUUUUGUUUAAUGGGCCAAUGUUUGUUUGGUAAGCGGUUCACUUAAGGAUCCUGUCUUUUAUCGAGUCAUUUCCAGGGCAAGUGAGGACAGCGUACUCUUUAUUCAAAUCGAGUCAAAUCAAUUGCGCAAUUCCUGGCCAGCAACCAGACCGAGCCCUGUACGAAAUGGAAUGUUAAAACCAUCACCUUGCAACAUAAACAAACACACAAUACUUUUCUCAAUUUUCACAAUACAACACUUUGAAAAAAAUUCUGUAAAAAUUGUAUAUAUCUUCUUUUAUAUAACCUGUGACACGAUGUAUAAUUGUUUACAUACCUUGACAGAAUGUAACAUGUGACCGUUUAUUUAAAGGUUUAUAUAUAUUCACUGAUUAUAAUCAGUGACGGAGUAUAAAAAGACUUGCAUUUCAGAAUGUAAUACAUAUUAUAUUACAUACCUUGACAUAGUAUAAUACAUGUGGCAGUGUGUAUAACGUUUUACAUACAUUGCGUGAAUUUAAUAUUCGUGGUAGUGUAUAUUAUACGUUAUAUUAUUUUGCUUUUUUAUUAAUGUGUUUUCCUUCCCCAAUGUUUCAUUUUGUUUUAAGCUAUGAUUUUCUUUUAUCGCUGAAAAUAAAAUGUUACAUGUAAUAUAACCUCCUGGUGUAUUCUUUAGUUAUGAAUACCUAUAAAUGAAUUAAUCUUUUCAAUGAAUCUUCUGACUUAUCCCUGCUCUGUAGCACUCUUUGGUGAAGUCACACUUAUCUGUUCAGAGCAUGUACAACUGGAAGGUUUAAUACUGUCUCAGAGUGUAUUUUUUUUUGGUAUUUCUGACCACAACUAGGUCUUGAGCUCUGCAUGGUCUUUUGGUCAAAAAACGUAAGCUUCAUGGUAUUCAUCACAAAAAUAAUACACACAGAAGCUUUAAUACAUGUAAUCAUUCAUCUUAAAUAAUAUUACAAUUGUGACAGUUUUCCUUUAAGUAUCGGGACCUCCGCAUGUUGCAAGUAACAAACGCAGUCUUUCAUUUUUUUUUUUCUGUACUGGAAAUAUCUCCUUAAUGAUGUUUUAUGUUGGGGAAUCUUUCUUUUUUUUUUUUUCAUUGUACAUUUAUUUGGGCUAUCCCUUCUUGCUUUCCGAUGAUUGCGUUUUCAUUUUCUUGUGAUUUUAUGCUUUUAUUUAGUGACGACUUUGUUAGUGGACGUGUGAUUAAUAAUAAUGUUUGACUUUUUUAUUCUUUCAGGGAUAUCUUCCACUUUCUGAAGAAGUCAAUCACAAGUAG